CUGUAGUGGAGAUGUGGAGUGUCUUUCUGUCUCUCUGUCUGUUUUUCCAGCCUAAUUCAGCGGAGGAAGUGAUGCUGCUGGACACAACAGAGUCUACCUCAGAGCUGGGCUGGACCACCUAUCCAGACACAGGGUGGGAUGAGGUCAGUGUCCUGGACGACCGGGGGAAGCUCAUACGAACCUUUGAGGUCUGUAAUGUCAACCAAAAUCCCCGCCUGCAGGACAACUGGUUGGCUACGCCUUUCCUGUACCGACACUCAGCUCCACGGGUGUUUGUCACGUUGCGUUUCUCGGUGCGUGACUGCGCCAGCCUGCGAUCACCAUCACCCACCUGCCGAGAGACGCUCACCCUGUACUACAAACAGGCCGACUCGCAGAGGGAGCUGGAGAGGACCUGGGCAGCUGAGCCAUCCAGCAAAGAGAAGGACACCAGGGAGGGCUGGGUGAAGAUCGACACCAUUGCGGCUGAUAAGAGUUUCUCCAAGGUUGAGCCCAGUUCACCUCACCAGUACCAACCAAACAGAUACAGCCGAAUCAACAUCAAGACACGCAGCUUUGCCCCUCUCACACGCAAUGGAUUUGUGCUGGCAAUUGUCGACAGUGGAGCUUGUGUUUCCCUCAUGGGUGUAUCUAUCUUCUACCGGCGCUGUCCAGCCACCAGCCUCUACUUGGCGUCCUACCCGGCGACUCCGUCUGGGGCAGAGCCAACGGCCUUAGUGCCUGUGAGCGGGACAUGUGUCCCCCACAGUAAAGCACAGGGAGGCACGCCGCCUCGUAUGCACUGCAAUGCUGAAGGAGAGUGGAUGGUACCUGUAGGAGGAUGUGUCUGUGAUGAAGGCUAUGAGCCGAACCUUAAUGGAUCUGCCUGCUUGGCCUGUCCUGUGGGCUACUUCAAGUCUGUUUCGGGCUCUGUUCCCUGCUCGGCGUGUCCCUCCAACAGUAGAACCAGCCAGGAGGGGUCGAGUAUGUGUGAAUGUCGCAGUGGCUUUUACCGGGCAGCCAAUGAUGCCAACUCUUCUGCCUGCACAACUCCUCCAUCUGCUCCGGUCUCUGUAUCCUGGGAGUAUGAGACCGGCGAUGGCGGGGUGUCUUUAAGGUGGCGCCCCCCAGUGGACAUGGGAGGCCGCAGCGAAGUGUGGUAUGGGGUGGUGUGUCGCAUCUGCCCCUCACCCACCUUCUCUAACCCGGCAGCAUGCUCCUGGUGUGGGGAGGGUGUCACCUUCAGCCCCUCCCAGACCAACCUGAAACAAACCAAGGUCACCCUCAACAACCUGCUGACCAGAGUCACUUAUCUCAUACAGGUGCAAGCCAUGAAUGAGGUGUCAGCUUUGAGUCCUUUCUCAGCUCGAUACACAAGCAUCAAUUUCACGACAAGCCAGUCAGUUCCAAGUACAGUUCCCAUGAUGCACCAGCUGAGCCGAGCCCCAGACUCCAUCACUCUUUCGUGGCCUCAGCCAGACCGGCCCAACGGAGACAUCCUGGAGUACCAGCUCAGAUACUAUGACAAGGGGUCAGAUGUGGACAGCGCAGCGAGUGUGUACAGUGAGACCAACACUGUGACCGUCAACUCUCUGAUUCCGGGCUCCAUCUACGCCUUCCAGAUCAGGGCUCGAAAUGAACGAGGCUACGGCCCCUACAGCAACACCAUCUACUUCACCACACUGCCUCUGGAAGAACAUUCACAGCAGAUCCAGAACCGGCUUCCUCUGCUGGUCGGGUCAGUGAUGGGUGGGGCGGCGUUUCUCCUUGUUGUGGCAGCCAUUGUGGUCGUGGUGGUAUUCCGCAGUAAGAGGAGGGAGAGUCCGUACAGCGACAGACUCCAGAGGUACAUCAGUAACCGAGGAGGAGUAAAGUAUUAUGUGGACCCAUCCACUUAUGAGGACCCCAGUGAGGCGGUCAAAGAGUUCGCCCGUGAGAUAGAUCCCACUCACCUCAAGAUUGAGGAGGUGAUUGGUUCAGCUCAGUUCGGUGAGGUUUCUCGAGGUCGUUACCGUCCGGUGGGUCGCAGGGAGGUGCUGGUGGCGGUGAAGACUCUGCGCUGGGGGGCGUCCGACAGGGAGAGGGGAAUGUUUCUGAGUGAAGCAGGAGUCCUGGGCCAGUUUGACCACCCUAACGUGCUGAAACUGGAGGGUGUGGUCACUCGCAGCCCCCCAGAGAGGAUCAUCACUGAGUUUAUGGAAAACGGGCCGCUGGACGCGUUCCUCAGGGAGAAUGAGGGCCAGUUCAGUGUCCUCCAGCUUGUUGGGAUGCUCAGGGGGGUUGGUGCAGGGAUGCGUUACCUCGCUGAGAGAAACUUUGUCCACCGGGACCUGGCGGCAAGAAACGUGCUGGUGAACUCCAACCUGGUCUGUAAGGUCUCCGACUUUGGCCUGUCCCGACUCAUGAGGGGCCUGGACCAUAACAUUCCUACGUACACUGCCUCACUGGGCAGUAAGAUUCCUGUGAGGUGGACGGCACCAGAAGCCUUUCAGCAUCGCAAGUUCAGCUCAGCUAGUGAUGUCUGGAGCUUCGGCAUACUGAUGUGGGAAGUGAUGUCAUACGGAGAGCGUCCGUACUGGGACAUGAGUAAUCAGGAAGUGAUGAAGGCAGUGGCAGACCAGUAUCGCCUCCCUGCCCCCCACAACUGCCCCCCUGCCCUCCACUCUCUGAUGCUUCAGUGCUGGCAGGCUGACCGAGGGGACCGGCCAGGCUUCGACUCCCUCCUGUCUUCCUUGGAUCGGCUCAUCAGGCACCCUUCAUCCCUCAAGGCUGAGCCAACUCGAAGCUGUUCUCAGACACUGCUCAGUCCCACCCCCACAGAUUUAUCAUCAGUGGCAACUGUUAGUGAUUGGCUGAAGGCGCUGAGGAUGGACAGAUACCAGGAUGAGUUUGAUCGGGCACACCUGGACAGUUUAGACAGAGUCAGCAAGCUGACCAUGGAUGAUGUCCAGAAUCUCGGCGUGAACCUGCUCGGACACCAGAGGAAGAUUGUUAGCGCAGCCCAGCAGCUCAGGGCCCAUCUGACGCAGGGGCAGGUGGAGGUGUGAAAUUUCUGCAACACUUCCAUGUUCACAGAGCACUUUUUAAGCCAAAAUCAAAGAGAAACAGCUUAGAGUGCCGCUGUGUGUUCUGACAAACCUGACACUACAACCGGAAGGGGUGAAAAAGAGGAUCGGACUUUUCCUGCCAGUCACUCAAGACAAAUAACAGAAGAGAGAUUCUCUGUCGAGGCUGGAGUCCAGAUCAAAGUAAGGUUAGGGAGUUGCUAAGGAGGAGGAGGACUUUAAAGAUUCCACUAUGUUUUUCACUAGAUUUCACUUUACUGUCGUCUGCUAUCCUCUCUCCUCACCCAUCUGCAGUCCUACCUCUCACCUUCUCUUCCACGACUGUCCCUCCCUCGAACUUUUCAAUUUCCCCAUCGAGUACAAUAAAAGUUUAGAAAUAUUUUUUGUUAAAGUACUGUUAAAAUCUCUCCUCACAAAGAAUUGCGUGAAGACAAUCAAAGCUCUUUUCUAAUAUUUUUUGAGUUAUUUGUAAAGUUUUAUCACUUCCUCUCUACUUAAAAUGCCAAAUGCUAAAAGGAGAAAACUGCGUACUACCUAGCAACCUAUGGUUUGCCUUAUAAGGUCUUACCAUUAGCUUUCAGAAAAAUGUAUAGUUUGCUCAAUGUCUGAGCAAAAUGUCCAAGGUCAGUAGCACAAACCCUGAGGUUAGAUUUGGAAAACCAAAACUAAACAAAAAGAUGCUUUUAACUUUUUUUAACUGUAAGCCAUGUUUUUUCCCUGUUUAAAAGACACAUCCAUGGUCUGAGAGCAGCCCUGUUUGUAUGACUCACUCUCACUGAAGGCCUAUCAUAGACUGUCAAAGGCUACAAACGUCACCACAGCUGCAAACACAAGUGUCCAUCUGUGAAGAGGACAGAACCGGACAGCACUCACCUUUAUGUGUACAUUUCACACUUCACCUCUUUUAGUUUGAUUGCUAGAGUAAAGACACUGAGUCAUUGAAGCAUUGUGAAUGUGUGAAAUGAGAAAGAUGGACAAAAUCUGAUCUGAUUUACACUUGAAGGACGAAGGCGAAAUGCUUUGUAAGUAUGUACCUGUGCGUCUGUAACUUGUGUGUGCCGUACAUGAGGCUGUGUUAAUAUGUACAUCAGGUAUAUGUUGUAUAUGAUGCUGCGUGUGUGCGUGUGUGCGUGCGUGUUUGAGACAGGUGUGUCAGGCUACACACAUUAUUAGCUGUGUUUACUUGUAUGAGUGUUCACCACUAUUCCA